AUGCGUCCGUCUCGUAAGUUUCUGCGGCUAUUGACAUUGCUGAGCUUUGUUGCUGCAGCACUUGGAUCUUUAGGCUUUGGAGUUAUACUUCUCUCAAUAUUAGGCUUUGUGGGUGCAGGAAAAGAAAGGAGUCGCUUGCUGCUGCUCUAUUUCUUUAUCAACUUUUUACUCGUGACUGGGCUCUUCGUACUAUGUUAUGCAGCUUUUUUCUUUCAAGAUGCACUUAAAUCAUGGGUAAAACAUCACUGGACGGCAAAUGUUCUAGCAAGAUUGCGACAAGCCUCAUGCUGCACUACUGAUCUGUUUGCUGUUAUGAACGUUGCAUUUACGCUUCUCGGUACAGUGCUAUUUAUUGUCGGAAUGGUGGUCAAAAUGCACGAUGAGAUGACUUCUGGUCAAAAAUGGAUUGCCAUCAUAUUUAUUGUUGUCGGGACAUUUAUGGUUGCAAUCUCGGUUUUGGGCAUUAUUGGAUCGAGAUCGAAGAGUAGAUCACUUCUUCUUAUUUACAUUAUUGGUCUCGGCAGCUGUCUUAUUGCGCUUUUUGUCUGCGCUGUAAGUGCUUUCACAUUCUCAGAUCAUAUUGUAUCUACAUACAACGCACACACAAGUUCAUCGUUAGCGUGCGAUUUGACUCUUUCUGGUUGUACGAAUUGCACGGACGUAAACACUGAAAUAAUUUCGUGCAAUGGUGUCAUGCAAACAAUCGAUGGCUAUUGGGUAUCGUGUAAUUCAUCCACUAGCGACGAAGCUUCAAGCUUGAAUGGCGACUGUAUAACAGGCAUGACUCUACUGAAUGACGUUAAUGACCAAAGUCAUGAAUCGAAUGAUAUUGCCCAAUGUGGAAAAUGUCCCGAAUGGUCAGCAUCUGACGUCCAAGCUUAUCUUCAAAGCACACUUCAUCUUCUCGGACUCUUUGCUGUCGUCGUGUGUCUCUUUAUGAUUGUAGGAUCUGCUAGCGCUUUGGUGUUGAGACGAAGCCUCGCAGGAUACCAAACCGAUUCAAUAUAA